ACGUUCAGUCUUUUUUCUCCUUCCUUUAUAACAAAUGAAUAUAUGAAAGAUGAUUUUUUCAUCAAAAUUGAAACGUGGCACAAACCGGAUAUGGGGGAAAAUAAUAAUGUGCACUGCUUGGCUGAGCAUACGUGGAAAGACGUGGAAAUUGUUCCAAUAGACAUUGCAGACCGCACACAAGUUGCUGACGAGGACUACAAAGAGGAUGAAGACCCAGCAAUAUUUAAGUCUGCCAAGACAGGCAGAGGACCACUGGGACCUGACUGGAAGAAAGAAUUGACAAAUAAUGACAGUUGCCCCCACAUGUGUGCAUAUAAACUUGUAACUGUUAAGUUCCGAUGGUGGGGUAUUCAGGGACGAGUGGAAAAGUUCAUUCACAAACAAGAAAAUAGGUUAUUUACAAAUUUUCACCGUCAGCUGUUUUGUUGGAUUGAUAAGUGGGUGGAUCUAACAAUGGAUGACAUCAGACGUAUGGAAGAUGAUACACAGAAAGAAUUGGAUGAGAUCCGGCAGAAGGGGGAUGUCCGAGGGAUGAAAGCAAGAGAAGACUGAACUUUGUGCCAAAUAAAAUGGGUGGGUAUUGAGAAGAAAAGAUGACUGAAGACGUCACCGCUCCUCACUGCGCUCCUAAAAUGCUAGCUGAACUACACUUGUAAAAAAAUUUUUUGCAAAAUGUACAUCCAUCAAGUUUUACUGCACACUUUACAUGUUUGUCUUUUUUCAGUAAUUGUCCUUGUUUUAUUAAAUAAUGUAUUUGUACUUUUUAUCAAAAUGUCUUCCCUUUGUGGCCAAAGGGAAGCUGCAUUUCAGGGACACACAUUGAACAUGGCAGUGUUUCUUAGAGGAUCUUUUUGUAUGAUCUGUGUUUUUUUGCUGCUUUAUUCUCAGUCUGUCUUUACUUCUCUUAGCACAAAGGACCCUGUUCCUUAUACAAAGACAAUGUUAAGCACUUGCUCCCUUUUCUGCACCACUUUUUGCUGUGGUAGCCUUUGCUUGCCUAUGUAAUGGGCCAGAUUGCUAUACCCCCUGCCUUUUGUCAUAGAGUUAGGGUGCAGACCCUGCCUUUUGUCAUAGUUAGGGUGCAGACCCCUCAACCUUUGGCUUUUAAUGCUGUGCUGGGAAUGUUUCCUUGGUUCUUGUGUUAUGGUAGUGUUUCUUUCUGUGGUGGUUGCUCUUCCCACCCUUUCCCUACUUAAUGCCAAGAAUGCCAUUACAUCUUUUGGCAAAUGAAACCUUCCGACAUUUUGUGCUGUCUUGCUGUAGGGACAUUUAUCAAGCCUAUAAAGUGGGGAUGGACCAGUGUCUUGUCUUGACAGACAAAAUCUCAGUUUUAAGUUUUUCUGGGCCUGUUUUAUGCAAAGUAGCCAGUUUGAAGAAAGGGACCUUCUACCUUCAGGCACAAUUGUUUUUUAGUAUCCUAAAGUGUUUUAUUAUAUAUUUAUCAGCUCGGGUUGUUUAUUCAUUUGGUAUGUGAUGCCAUUUUUGAGGUGCGUCUCUCAUCUCAUCCAUGGUACAACUUCAUUUUCUGUCUGUACAGGUGUAUAAAUGUAAUGCAGUGCUACGGUUAACAUGCAUGUAGAAACUGGUCUUUACUCAUUGGCUUUUGUAAGUCAGUAUCCCAUGACCCACUGAUCAGCAGAUCCGAGGGAGAUCUCUGUCCUGUAAUAGUUGGUUAUUCAGUUUCUAGUGUCACUUCCAAGCACCUGUGUGCUAGCCGUCAGACAUCACCUUUACUCAUCGUUCACCAAGCUGCAGUAGGUAGCUGCAAAUGUGUUCCUUCAUUAUCCUUUCCUCAAGCUGUGUGAUGGAAAGUGCAGUGUGUACAAAAUCCUUCCUGCAGCCUGCCCAUUCACCCUUGCUACAGGCAGUAGCUUCUUUCCCCAUAUGCAUUCCUAUUAUCUCCUGCAUCUUUUUUUCUAGAAUUUCUUCUGCCUCUCAAGCUGCUCCUUCUCUUACUUUGUGUUUAGGAUUCUCCAUGGGGUUACUUUUGCUGAGAGCCUUUACAGAUCAUGAGACGUUUCUCUGGUCAUCAGUUGUGUGAAUACCUGAUUUGCUAGAUUUUUAUUUUUUGUGUAAAUCUUUUACUGUAUUGUUAACCACUAUCAUAUGUUAGGAUAAUUAACAUGUCACUGACUUCAAAUAGCACUGUCAGAGGAGUCGCUUAAUACAGUGACUGCCUCUAGUGCACCUGCACAUUGCCAUGCAAAAGUUAAGGAGUUCUACAUUUUGGCGAUUAAUUACAUUUUUUUGUCCGGUAUGUCAUCAGCAGUAAAUACAUAGGAAAACCUUUAUUUUCCCCAAGUAAAUAUUGAGUUUUUAUUACUGCCAUUUUUAUAGAGGGAAAUUAUUGAAUAUCCCUUCUGAAUGGUGUCAAUAACAUUUCUUGGGCAGAUAUUAAGUGACUUUGUAUAAAAGCCCAUCCCAGGGAGUCAGAAUUUACCAGUUUGCAGAUUAUGCUGUAGUAGUGGGGAGUAAACGAAGGUGGUAAAACAGCCAUAUUUCACCCACUGAAGUGGUGGGCUGUGCCAAAAGCCAGAUGGGCUUGCUUAGCAGCCAAUCACUUGAAAGGCUGACGUGAUUCACUGUACAACCAGAAUGUCAUUUAAAUCUAAGGUGGACUUUACCACCCAGACAAAGGGGGUGGGGCACUAAAUCUUUUAGUAAAACAAAGGAGGGGAAGCCAUUAAAAAAAGACCCUUCUGGCUUGAUUUAGGGCCACAGUCCACCAUUCAUUUGGGUGUCUGAUUUUACAUGUAUAUGUUUUUUUUUUUUUUUUUUUGAGUUGGUAGGUCAUGAUGGCCAUUUUGUUGGUAACACCCGUGUAUUAGAUGUAGUCCCCUAGUCCCGCCUGUUAAAUUGGGCCAGCAUUGCUGUUAUUUCAAACAAGGUGCUCACAAAACAAGCCUGUCAGUUUACUCCAGCUGGACACAUGUGUGAAAUGCAGUUAAGUACAGGCAGUUGGUUUACUACUCAGUUUUGCAUACAGUAAAGAGUCGAGGGAGAGUCACAAGGACCAAAUUUUCACAGAGAAUUUUUUUAAUACAGGCAACUUAAAAAACAUUGGUUGGAAAAAAAAGAAUAGAAAACAUAAAUAUUUAAAUCAUGAAUGGUUGUGUUUUCAGUGUUUUUUCAAACACUGAACUUUGCUGAAUAAAGAGUAUCUUUAUCAA